UUAAUUCUACGAGUCCUAGUAGAGCCUCGUGUGUUCCAAGAUGUCUGCCUACUGUGUUAUUAUCGUGUGCUGAACUGUCUUUGUUUAUUUUUAAACACCAACUUACUGCCUUUUUCAUUCAUCCAAAAUCAAGUCUAGUGGUAAAAUUUCAGGGUGAUUUGACACAAUGGCCCAAAGAAAGAAGAAAUUUACGAAGAAAAAGAGACAUGUUGGCCAUAAAGAUCCCGAAGUGGACUCAGAUUUGGAGCUCGCUACUGAAAUUAAGGACGAUGAUACCACCGUGAGGAAGUUACCUCGCUUCCCCGCCUCCUCUGAGUGCCUGUCUGAUGUGGACCCAGACACUAGGGAGCUAGUCCGAGCCCAGAACAAGAAGAAGAAGAAAUCUGGAGGGUUUCAGUCCAUGGGUCUCAGUUACCCCGUCUACAAAGGAGUCAUGAGGAAGGGCUACAAGGUUCCUACGCCCAUCCAGCGCCGGACCAUCCCAGUCGUCCUGGAUGGCAAGGACAUGGUUGCCAUGGCUCGGACGGGCAGUGGGAAGACGGCAGCGUUCCUGAUCCCCAUGUUUGAGAAGCUGAAGGCCCCCAGCGCCCAGACUGGUGCCCGUGCCCUCAUCCUGUCCCCCACCAGGGAGCUGGCUCUGCAGACCAUGAAGUUCACCAAGGAGUUAGGGAAGUUCACAGGGCUGAAGACGGCUCUGAUCCUGGGAGGAGACCGGAUGGACGACCAGUUUGCUGCCCUUCAUGAAAACCCAGACAUAAUCAUCGGAACCCCUGGUCGUUUGAUGCACGUUGUCGUGGAGAUGAACCUGAAGCUCCAGAAUGUGGAGUAUGUGGUGUUUGAUGAGGCAGACAGGCUGUUUGAGAUGGGCUUUGCAGAGCAGCUGCAGGAGGUGAUCCGCAGGCUCCCAGACACCAGGCAGACGCUGCUGUUCUCCGCCACCCUGCCCAAGAUGCUGGUGGAGUUUGCCCGAGCAGGGUUGACAGAGCCGGUGUUGAUACGUCUGGACGUGGACAGCAAACUGAGUGAGCAGCUGAAGCUGUCCUUCUUCCACCUGCGUCUGGAGGACAAGCCGGCCCUGCUGCUGCACCUGCUCAGGAACGUGGCUCGACCGCAGGAGCAGACUGUCGUGUUCGUGGCCACCAAGCACCACGUCGAGUUCCUGAGAGAGCUGCUGAGUGCGGAGGGGGUGGAGUGUGCGUACAUCUACAGUGCUCUGGACCAGACGGCCAGGAAGAUCAACAUUGGGAAGUUUGUCCACCGUAAAGCCAUGGUGCUGCUGGUCACUGACGUGGCUGCUCGCGGCAUAGACAUCCCCCUUCUGGACAACGUCAUCAAUUACAACUUCCCCUCCAAGCCCAAGCUGUUCCUGCACAGAGUCGGUCGCGUGGCGCGUGCGGGCCGGGGGGGCGUGGCCUACAGCCUGGUGUGUUCAGACGAGGUUCCCUACGUGUAUGACCUCCACCUGUUCCUGGGACGACCUGUGACCCUGGCCUCCGCUGACAUGCCUCAAGACACUGACGGGGUUUUCGGCCGCGUCCCCCAGAGUAUCCUUGACGACGAGGAGUCCCUGCUGACCUCUGCCCUCCAGAGCUCUCUGGAUCUCCAGAACCUCCAGCACAUCUCGUCCAACGCCUACCAGGGGUACCUGCGCUCGCGGCCGCUGCCCUCGCCCGAGUCCAUCAAGAGGGUGAAGAACACGGAGCUCUUCAGCCUGGCGGUGCACCCCCUGCUGGGUUCCGGACUGGACAGACUGGAGCUGGAUCGUCUACAGAUGGUCGAUUCCAUCAAGAGCUACAGAUCGAAAGCUACGAUCUUUGAGAUCAACUGUAGCAGCCGUUGCCAGGGCAGCGAGGUGAUGCGGGCCAAGCGCAGCAGAGACGCUGUCCUGGUGGACAAGUUCUCCAGGAAGAGACAGGAGCAGGCGGCUGAGAGUGAGCUGCACCCCUCCGCCCCGCCUGCCCCCCGCCUGCACCAGGACGACACCCAGGGAGAAGACGACCAGGAACUACAGGGGGUGUUCUCCCAGGUGCUGGGGGGGAAGAGGAGGAAGCAGGAAGACGGAGACCCAGAGAGGCCAAAAAGCAAAAAGAGCAAACAGGCUGUGAGAGACGAGGAGCACUACGUCCCCUACAGAGCCCAGGACCUGCACACGGAGCGAGGGCUCAGCAUGACAGGAGAAGGCACCACGUUUGAGCAGCAGGCCUCCACAGCUGUGCUGGACCUGAUGGGAGAUGAGGAGGGACGCCUAAACCAACACAAACACAUGAUGAAGUGGGACCGUAAGAGGAAGCGCUUCGUCAGGGAAACGGGGAAGGAGGACUCCAAGAAGAGGGUCAAGCUGGAGACGGGACAGAUGGUCAGCAAGAUCCACAAGAAGAACUUCUAUGAGGACUGGAAGAAGAAAUACAAGGUGGAUGAUGAGGAUGCUGACUCAGGAGGAGAGACUGGAGGAAGAGGGAGGAGAGGAGGAGGGGGCAGAGGACGAGGGAGAGGGAGAGGAGGAGGCAGAGGAGGAGGAGGAGGGAGAGGAGGAGGAGGAGGAGGAUGGGGCGGAGGACGAGAAGAGCGGAGUGGAGGAGGAAGAGGAAGAGGUGGAUGGGGUGGAGGACGAGAAGAGCGCGGGGCUGAUUCCUCCGGGCCCCCCCAGCGAGCACGCUCUGAGCUGCGGAGCCGGGACCAGAUCCUGAAGGAGAGGAAGAGGAAGGAGAAGCAGAACUUCCUGCAGAGCGGUGGGAUGAAGAAAAUCAAGGGGCGGGGCCAGCAGAGGCUCAACGACGUCAAGUCAUCAGGCUUCGGACGAGGAGUUCACAAGAAGGGCAAGAUGAGGAAGAAGAUGUGAGGAGGAAGGAGAGGGGAGGGAGAGGGGGUUAAACACAGGAGGAGAGGAGAAAGGGGAGAGGGGGUUAAACACAGGAGGAGAGGGUGAGGAGAAGAGGAGGAUGAAGGGGAAGUCAUCGUGGAUGACGUGAGCAGCAUUGAAGCUGAAACCUACAGACUCCUUCAAACAAACCGUGUUAGUAUAUUCUAAAGUCAUGGCUAAUACACAUGUUAUUGUGCUACCACCUGUGUCCUGGUCAGUGUUUAUGCAACAUGAAAACAUGAACAUGCUUGAAGCUUGAACAUGCGUGUAGCUUGAACAUGCUUGUAGCUUGAACAUGCGUGCAGCUUGGGGGUAUAGCCGUGGUCUGGUGGAGGUCAAGCGAUCUCAGGUUGGAACCUCCUCAGUCACUUUAGAAAAGGCUUCUUCGUAAUAAUAAUUUGGAAGCAUGUGGAGUUAUUAGGGGUGGAACCAUAUAUCGCAAUACAACAUUUAUACAAUAUGUAUUGUAGAGUUAUGGCAAUAUUGUACGCGACCUUCUGUGCACCUGCGUCAUGUGUGCAUUCACAGAAAUCACUUUGUAUGUACAAGCAAGAAAAUUAUUGAAAAUGUUUUGGAAAUAAAUCUGUUAAGUGAAUUUCAGUUUAAUUCAAAA